UAUAACCCUUAUUUUUCCACAAUCAUGCAAGGAAUUCAGAUGUAACAUUGGUAUCAUUGGUAGCUUCGACAGUCCCUUUUAGUACACUCUUCACGUAAAUCGCAAAAUGUCACGACAGAGUAUGAGAGCAAAUGACCCAAAGAAAGUGAGUGGAGAAUUGUUCACCCUCACAUAUGGGUCCUUAGUUGCCCAAUUAUUGCAAGAUUACGAAAAUGUAGAUGAUGUAAACAGACAGCUUGAACGCAUGGGUUACAACAUUGGAAUGCGUCUUAUUGAAGAUUUCCUCGCACGAGCUAACCCAGGUCGAUGCUAUGACCUAAGAGAUACAGCUGAUAAGAUUCAGCAAGCAUUCAAGUUGUACCUAGGUGUAUCACCAAGUAUUGGCAGUUGGAGUCCAGGAGGAGAUGAAUUCUCAGUUGUUUUAGACACAAAUCCAUUGGCAGAAUUUGUUGAGCUCCCUGACAAUUACCUUGGUCUUCGUUAUUCCAAUAUUCUUGCAGGUGUUAUACGGGGAGCAUGUGAAAUGGUUCAGUUGGAGGUAAUGGUGUGGUUUAUUGCUGAUCAGCUGAAAGGUGACAACGUGACCGAGAUCAGAGUGAAGUUCAUUAAGAGAAUUGAAGAUGCUAUACCUGCUGGAGAAGAUUAAGGCAUAUGUCCUUGUUUAUAGUAUUCCACUGUCUGUUCAGGAUUUUUAUAGGUUAGAUAUAUUCUUUCCAUUUGCAGUAAACACUCUUACUUAGCAGUUAGCACACAGAUUUUGAGGUUGUUGUUGGUUCAAUUUAGUUGAUAAUACUAUCACUAACUUUGAAAUUUGAUAAUUUAAGUCUUGUUUGUAAGUCAAAGAACCACUAUUCAUUAGGAAUUUUUCUAUACAUCAACUUUGGUGUACAGUUAUUGUAGAGUACAUGGUGUGUUGUAAAUGAUUAUUCAGGAUUGUGCAUCAUAAUUGAUAUUACAUGUGCGUUUUGAUGAUAUUACCAUUAAAUUACAUAAAACACAUUAAUAGUUCUUGUUAUUUUUAUGUAAUAAAUACUGUUAUUUGCUU